GCUACCACAACACUUUGGGGCGGGCAAAUAAGUUCGCAAAACAACCACUAAGUGUCUUUUUAAGGUUAAAAUUCACUUAAGCAGGGGAUGACAGACGAAAGAAUGAAGCUCCAGGUGGUUCCGCUCGGUUCUAUCACCAUAGGCCCGAAGUCCUGGCGCGACAGUACCGUUCGCUCCAUCCGACGUGCAGAGCAACUCGUGCGGCAGACCCGAGCUGGCCCACCCGCUACCUGCGUCCAGCCCCGGAACUACAGCGCCUCAGCUGGUCACAAGGCGAAGUGCAGCGACAACAUGCAAUCCAACGAAGGAAGAAAUAAGCUGCCAAGAUCUCAAACUGCAAAGUCAACGGGGAUGCCAAUGGCUCCAUUCCCACCCUCCAGCUUGCGUGAGCAGUGUGCAGCAGCCAGCGUGGCGGUGGCCAGCGAGUACAUGCGCCAGGUGCGAGACGUGGAGGUCCGGCUGCGCAGACAGGCGGGCAGGGUGAACCAGGAGGUCGUCAAGCUGGAGAAGGAGAAAGGUCACCUGCAGAAGAUGCUGCACAGCCUCCAAACCAGUUUGGAGGUCAACAGGCGGAGCUCUGAGAGGAGAACCAAGAGGCCUGCCUUCUCUGAGACGGUGGGCUUAAAAUAAUGGAAUGUAACUUAAAGUAUGUUGUCGAAAUUCAAUUACAUUUCCCGAAACUUUUGGCAAUUUGACACUUUUUGUGAGUUUGAAAUGUACUUUUUAAAAGUAGAAUUUCUUUGUGAAUGUAUUUGAAAUACUCUUACAGGUAGAACCCUCAUAAAAGUACUCAUUUUCAAUUGAAAAAUAAAAUCAAAAUAAUAAUAGAAAAAAUGAUAACUAAAUACAAGUAGAUCCAAAGUCAAUACAGUAAACCUCGGAUAUAUCGGAUUCAAUUGUUCCCACUGGUUUUGUCCGAUAUAAGCGAAAUCCGUUAUAUGCGUAUACCGGAAAAUGUCCGUUUUACGCAUAUAUCGGAUUUAUAUCCGGUAUAUGCGUAAAUGGGAUUUUAUCCGUUAUAAAAAGGCACUUCCUUGACUAUGUUUCCAAUGUACCUGGACGCGCAGGCAACGCUGCAAACGCUGCAAAUGACGUCGUAUAGCGGCCUGUCACGAUUCGGCGAAUCGGAGCGCCACGAUGCGGCCAUCCGAUAUAUGCGAGGGAAAUUUCAUGGAAAUGCAUUGGAACGGGACUGGAGAUUUUGUCCGAAAUAGGCGAAAUCCGUUAUAAAAAAUCCGAUAUUCAUUCAUUCAUUUUCUACCGCUUUUCCUCACGAGGGUCGCGGGGGGUGCUGGAGCCUAUCCCAGCUGUCUUCGGGCGAGAGGCGGGGUACACCCUGGACUGGUCGCCAGCCAAUCACAGGGUACAUAUAGACAAACAACCAUUCACACUCACAUUCAUACCUAUGGACAAUUUGGAGUCGCCAAUUAACCUAGCAUGUUUUUGGAAUGUGGGAGGAAACCGGAGUACCCGGAGAAAACAUGCAAACUCCACACAGAGAUGGCCGAG